AGAGUUGUAGGAGGAAACUUAUAAGAAAAAUGUCAUCUGUGAGACAAGCAAAAUACGGCUUUGAGCUGGACACAUCAACAUCUGGAACAGCUGCUGUCCAAGGACCGGCUUCAGUUAGCUCGUUUCUCAGCGGGGGUUCUUUUAGUGACUUCCAACUACCCGGGCCAAGCAGCAGGGGUCUAAAGACAAACAUCUACUCCGGUUCCAGCAAAACAGAGACCCCAGGUAGUUCAUUAACAACACCUGCCCCUGGACCUAGGCUCAUGGCCUCGAGCAGUACCUCCCGCAGGACACCCAGCUCACGUCGAACCCCACACAUCUCAAGCACAACCCCAGGAAUGCCAACUUCUUCUGUUGUGGUUGCAAUCGUUGAAGGACGUGGCCUUGCAAAAGGAGAAAUUGGGAUGGCUAGCAUCGACCUGAAGAAACCAGAACUGAACUUGUCACAGUUCUCAGAUAACCAGACUUACGUCAAGGUUUUAACAAAGCUACAGAUUUUGGAGCCUUUGGAGAUUAUCAUGCCUAAUACAGCGUGUGAAAACCCUUCUCCGCUAUUCAAGUUUCUAAGUGACCAGAUACCUUACGCAAACUUAUCAUCUGUCCAGCGGAAAUACUUCAACGAGGCGAAAGGCUUAGAUUACGUGAAACAACUCUGCGUUCCAGAGUUAAACACUGUUGAAAUGGAGGUAGCCUCGAAGUACUAUUGCCUUGCGACGGCUGCCGCUUUGCUCAAGUACGUGGAAUUUAUUCAGAACAUUGUUUAUGCUCCUGGAUCUAUUAAAGUAGUGUUCAAAGGGAGUGAGAAGACAGCGAUUGUAGAUUCCUCAACUAUAAAGAACUUAGAACUAAUUCAGAAUGCCAGGGAUCCUGAGAGUGGUCACUGUCUUUGUGGAAUUCUGAACCACACGAAGACAGCUGGAGGAGCCCGCCUUUUAAGAUCAAAUAUUCUUCAACCCCCUUGUGAUGCAGAGACAACAAAUGUACGUUUAGAUUGCAUAGGAGAGUUAACAAACAAAGAGGAGCUCUUCUACGGAUUACAGUCUGUGAUAGGCCGGUUCUUAGAUAUUGACCACCUAACCUCUAUGUGUGUUCAGCUUCCCAAGCAAGAAACAGUGAAAACAGCUGAAUCCAAAAUCACAACAGUUAUAUACCUGAAGCACACCCUGGAGCUUGUCGAGCCUUUAAGAACGGCUCUACAGGAUACCGAGGCGGACCUUUUCAAAGCUUAUUAUGAGUCACUCAAUGAUAGCAGAUUUGCAACCAUCAUGGAGAAGAUUCAGACUGUCAUACAUGAUGACACUCGGUAUCAGAAAGGAACUCUCAACAUGAGGACUCAGAAAUGCUUUGCUGUUAAGCCUCAUAUAAACGGCCUGUUGGACGUUGCCAGGAGAACGUACACUGAGAUUGUCGAUGACAUAACUGAGAUGAUCAAGCAAUUGGGGGAAAGGCACAACUUACCCCUAAAAACUGGUUUCAACGGCACCAAGGGGUUUUUUGUGCAAAUGACGCUUAACCGAGAUGAACAUAUUGACUUAAAAACACUGCCCAACGAGUUCCUAAAAGCAACGAAGGUCAGAAGUGCUGUCUGUUUUACCACGGUAGAUCUGAUAAAGCUUAAUGACAGGAUAAAGGAGUCUUUGAAUGAAAUAUAUCUCAUGACAAAUGUGGUAGUAUCUGAACUUCUGAGUGAAAUAAGGGAACACAUGGGUUGCCUUUAUAAACUUGCUGAGCUUGUCAGUGUGAUGGACAUGUUGGUUUCAUUUGCUCACCUAUGUACUUUGUCUGACUAUGUUCGACCAGAAUUCACGGAUACUUUGGCGAUUAAGAAUGGACGUCAUCCUAUUUUAGAUAAAAUACUUCCCGAACCACCAACAGCAAAUAACACGUAUGCUACUGAGGGGUCAAAUUUUCUAGUCAUAACAGGACCUAACAUGAGUGGUAAAUCUACAUACCUGAAACAGAUAGCCAUGCUCCAAAUAAUGGCCCAGGUUGGAUGCUACGUACCUGCGGGAUACGCUUCAUUCAGAGCCGCUGAUCAAAUACUUUCAAGGAUAGGAAGCGAUGAUGACAUUGAAACCAAUUCCUCCACCUUCACCCUUGAAAUGCGAGAAAUCCACUACAUCAUUCAGAAUGCCAGUGACAUGUCACUUAUCAUAAUUGACGAGCUUGGAAGAGGAACUAGUAGCGAGGAAGGAGUUGGAAUUUGUUUCUCCAUUGCUGAAACUCUACUGAAAAGAAAGACAUUUACAUUCUUUGCAACCCACUUCCUUGAAUUGACAACAAUGGAUAGCUUAUACCCUAACGUAGAAAAUUUGCAUUUGAAGAUCCAGAAAAUGUUUAGUGCAGAAGCUGCAAGUGAGAAAAUAACAUACACUCACGUGGUAUCAAAAGGAAAAACAGAAGAAAAACACUAUGGUGUUCAACUUGCUGAGUUCUCGACGUUGCCUCAGUCAAUCAUCAGGGAAGCUCGAGAAAUUUCAACCGAGUUGACAAGACAGAAAGAGACGAGUCAGUUGUUGUCAUCAGAGAGUCGCCAACAAAUGGCAGUGUUCCGAUUGGCAACUAAGCUUUUCCAAGCUGGACGCAACUCUCGCCUGGACAAAGCUGGACUGCAGGCUUACCUUUUGGGUCUUAAAAACCAGUUUGAGAGGGACUUUGUUCUUGAGGUCGAGGAAUAGAAAGGCGAAGGCAUUUUAAUUUUUAAUCAGUCUUCCGCGAAAAGAGAAUUUUUUUGAGGAGCCUCAACCGCUUUGCCCUGAUGAUAUUAAUUUUGAUUUACCUCUAUUGGGGUCUUAGCCGAUAUUUACCAAAGGAAAAAAACGAUUUAUACCAAAAAGCCACCAGAGUUGUGGUACUGGGAGAAAAUGCUUGUGGUCCGAACUUGUGGCUAUCAAUGCGCCAAGAUUAAUAAGGAAGCUGCUUUCUAGCUAUCUUAACUAUUUACCGUCACUUUUUUAACAUUUAUUACAAAAUUUCACACCCAUUUCGAACUGAUUUCUUAAGACUGUAUUCUUCAAGAUGCAGGUAGCUGAAUUUCAACUAAAGUCAUUCAUUCUGAAUUAAUAAAUGGCACUUACCGAAGACAGAAUACGCCUUUGUCGGGUGACUAUAUUUAGUAAACAAGCUGCCCUAAUACAUAUCACAGAGAGUCUGCAGGUUGCCAUUGAUACCU